AUGGCCGUAAACGACCUGGUAUCGGACAAGAAGUUGGGCGCUGUCUUGCAAACCUCCGGCGACGCCCAGAACCAGGCUCUCAAGCUGCUGCAGCUCCUCUCCGACAUCGCCCGGGCCGAGGAGACCGGCGGCGCCGUCGAGCAGCUGCAGGCGACGCUCUCCAAGGAGCAGAAGCUGCUGCUCACAAACAUCUCCCAGCUGCGUGGUCUGCAUCGCUCCGCCAACUUCGACGCCAGGGACACAAAGGCCCAGACUGCCGAGGCGCGGCACGAGGUCGACCGCCUACACCUCCAGCUGCAGAAUUUGUACUACGAACAGAGGCACCUCGAGGGCGAGAUCGAUGCGUGCGGGUCCUACGACCAUACUUACCAGAAGCUCUCUCUCAUCCCCGUCGAAAGCUUUGUUGCCCUGCAUCCAGAGCACGCUGACGACGAUGAGAACGCCAUGAUGGUUGCACGAAUUGGCCACGAGAGAGCGGAGCGGGAGGCCCUCGAGCAGCAGAGGCUGGAGCUUGUAGGAAGGAAGCAAAAGCUCAUCGCGGAUAACAAGAAGCGCAAGGACGACUUGGCCAACCUCGACAAGGACCUUGAGAAAUUCAUCGACGCUGCGAAACCCAUCCAAGAACUCUUCGAGAAGGUGGUCUGA